AUGUGCAGCGCCUUUAGCGAGGUGGUCGCCGCCAGGCGCAAGGCAGCCGCGAGGGUAGGACAUACACAUCGCGCAAAACACACGCCGCAGGACAAGAACAGGAACAAGGAGUACUUGUUCGGCGUUAUCAGCGCAGACGAUGUCGAGUGGGCGAAGAACGCCCUCGACGAUAGCGCGCAGGUCAAGCGGUACACGGGCAGGGAGCAGGACCAAGACAGGGUCUCGACCGCAGAAUCGGAAACCAUCCCAGCGCUCGAUGGCCCUAACGACGAGUGUGUGCAGAGCAAACACACAAGUAUAAAGGACCUGGUCGAAAAUGUGCAGCAGCUUAGCCUCAAACUUGGAGCGGAGGGGAGGCAGCGCGAGUCACUGGAGCAACAAGUGGAGCAGCUCAGAGAACAAAACAGACAACUCAUGUCGCAGAUGGAGACCGCUGAGAGUAACUCGGAGGCGGCGAAUGCGUAUGCAGCUGCGCUGGAGGCGAUAAAGACACUCGAUGUCAAGGAGUUCGGGCAAAACUGUGAGCAGAUCAUGGACGCCAUAUACUCCGUGAUAUGCGAUGCAUUCGGGCCUGACAACAACCUCGCGCUGCUCUUUGAGGAGAUGGCCGACAUUUACCUCAAGGCGGAGUCAAAGCACGAGCUUGAGAUACAGGCGAUGCAGAAGCAGAUCGACUUCCUCACACAGUUCGAAAACGUCAUCAAGGGAGAGGUGAAGCCCAACGCUAAGACGCUGGAUUCGUUGGUGGAGCAGCUUAAAGCCACCAAGGAGGAGUCAGCUGCCGAAACAUCAGCGUUGCGCAAGCAAAUCGAGUACCUGAAGUCAGAGAACCAGCGCCUGCAGAAGCAGAAGAAAACGGUGGAACAGAACUUCGAAGCGGAAAAGCAGGAUCUCAACGGUAUAAUCAAGGCGCACCAGGACAGGUACCAGCAGUUGCUGCAAGACCAGGCACAGCUUUUAUCGCAGAUGCCGCUACUCAAGCUGACACCGACGGACCGGCCUGCUGAGGACGGGGUUCUGCGGCAAUCGGGGACGAACACACUGGAGGCGCUUGUGACUGCCUUGUACCGCAAGGACGCAGAAACGCAAAAGCUGGUCAAGAGGAAGGACGACGUCAUACAACAGCAGCAAAGCACAAUCAACAAGCUGGAGGCGCGCCUCAAGGAGUGGGAGGCGGACGCCAUAUUGUGGCUAGAUUAUGUCAACCAAAGCAACGCGAAAAAGAAGGCAGCACUCAAAGAGAAUUAG